UGGUAAACAAACAAUGUUAGAUGUGGUAUUGCAUUCACAUGGGUACAUUAAGCACUGGGGUUUGGGGGUAAGUAUAUAAAUUUCCGUGUAAAGAAAGCGUAGUAUAGUUUAUGAAACCUACAAAAUGGUCAAGGUUCAACGCCGGAAGUACCGAGUCCAGUGCAACUUCUAUUUUAGUUGAAUUUGCGGAAGUUUCAAUCACCUUCCCUGAUUCGUAACGUCAGGAUUUCUAGACUGCGACAGCGAUUAGGAUCGAUUUUUCUACCAUUUCUCCUUCCUUUCGAUGGUUUUUCUGUUUUUACACUUUUACCAAGCAAACGCGCACGCAGACUUGCCGAUCAGUUUACCAGAAUCAAUUAUAAAUACCAUCUCACAUAAAUGAUAAAUCUCAACUUUUUUUAACAUUUUCCUGCACCUUGGUCGCUGUGGGUAUAGUAUAAUCACCAGUGUUUUUGAGUUUGCAAGUGUUUAUAAAAUGAAGUCGUCACUGGAGAAGUUUGGGCGCAAAUUAACGAUGCACAAGAACGAUGGGAAGGAGAAGAGGGAUCAUCAGCCUUCCGCCCAUUUGGAUGAGCUUGUUCAGGUUUCCAAGGAUAUGCAAGACAUUAGAAACUCCUAUGAUGGCUUAAUGUCAGCUGCUGCUGCAAUGACAAAUAGUAUAUUUGAAUUUUCAGAAUCUCUACAUGAAAUGGGGACCUGUUUGCUGGAGAAAAGUGCAAGUGAUGUUGAUGGUGAAAGUGGAAGAGUGUUAUCAACUUUAGGAAAUAUACAAUCAGACCUCCAAAAAAUCGCGGAUAGUUAUCGUUCUUACGUGGUUGUGACAAUUACAAAUCCAUCAGAGUCUCUUCUAUCUGAGCUACAAAAAGUAGAGGAGAUGAAGCUUCAAUGUGAUGAGAAAAGAGGUGUGUACGAAUACAUGAUGUCACAACACAAAGAGAAGGGAAAGUUGAGAAGUGGAAAGGCUGAAAGUUCAGUUGCACAAAAACUACAAGAAGCACAAGAUGAAUAUAACGAAGUGGCUAGACUAUGUGCCUUUCGGGUAAAAUCACUCAAGGAGGGACAAUGUCGUAGUAUUUUGACACAAGCUACACGCCAUCAUGCUGCACAGUUGAAUUUUUUUCGUAAGGGAUGUAAGGCUCUUGAAGCAGUUGACCCGUUGAUAAGAAUUGUUGCAGAGAAGCAUCGAAUCGAUUGCCAACUCACUGAAUUUGAUGAUGUGAAUGGUGGGGAAGAUGGAGGUAUGAACAGCUUUGAGAGGAUUGAUGAUGGGGAAUUGAGUUUUGACUAUGGGCAAAAGAAGCAAGGAGUUGAUAAUUUUGGCACAUCAUCGAACCCAAUGGAGGUAGACCGGCCUGACAUACCACAUGCUCAAGUUCCAACUUCAGAAGAUCGACAUAUGAAUCAUUACAAACAACAGCAAGGGGCACGAGCGAGCAGUUACUCUGCCCCAUUAUUCCCGGAUUCAUCUGAGAAGCCUAAGGAAACACUUACACAAACAAAACCCCGGCAGAAUUUUCACUCUUACGUGCUACCUCCUCCAAAAACACCUCCUGCAUCAUCUGCCCCCCACACCAGUAAUCCAUUCAGCAAGAUGCAACCAACAGAUGAGAAACAACACGACAGGGAUUCUAAUGAUUCCAAACCCACGAUAAAAGAUUCCAAUUCCAGCAUCCAGUUACCUGCUCCUCCUCCUCCUUCAUGGAGUGGGUUUGAUAGUAAAGUAGGGAAAAGACAAGCCUACUCUGGUCCAUUGCUGCCAACGAAAGGGGGGUUUUCCGGAAAGAUAAAUACUAGUGAAGUUCAUGUUUCUCGUAGUGUUUCACCUCCGCCUCCGGGCCUAUCAUUGUCUUCUUCUCCAAGAAUAAGUGAGCUUCAUGAGCUUCCUAGGCCUCCUCCUCCUCCUUCUUCUUUUUCUUCUAAACAGGGUAUGAUGGGAUAUUCGGGCCCUUUGUUUUUGAAAAAUCAAGACAGAUCUCAUUCUCCUCCCAAAAUAAGUAAAACCUCGAUUGCAACUGCGUCUCCCCUUCCACCUCCUCCGCUAGUUGUUCCUAGAAGCUUCUCGGUUCACUCUAGCAACCCGAGUGCUAUGGAGUCCCCACAGCCACAAAGAACUGGAGGCAGGAAGGCCACACCUAAGCCUAAGGUGGAAAGCUGAUUCGUGUUGCGCUUGAACAUAAGGUUGUUUUUUUUAGUUGAAUGGCGAUUUUAUAGAGUAUGUUCGUUUAUCUUGGUUUUUUGGGGGGACAGGGACAGGUGUGUAAAUAUAUGGCAUUUCUUGUGUUUUUAACAUCAUCAUAGACAUUCCUCAUUUCUGGAUUUCCUUCCUAAAUCCAAUUUAAAUUUUGCAUGUCUACUUUCUAAUAAUGAUUGAAUUUUAUACCCUAUGGUGCUUGUUAAACGUAAUAUUUUCUGUGGGUGGCUAAUGUCAAGAAACCUCCUACUUAUCCUACAGAUACGAGAGUUAGGGUUUAUAAACUUACAUAGUUACAUUAAUCAUUAAAACCCUCAAAUCUUCACAAUAUGAUGUGCUCCUUUAUGGGGGGUGUAUUGGUCUUCCCAGUCCAACAUUGCUUACAAGCUCAGGAGGAGAUGCUGAGUUCAUAGAGUUAGGGCCCAAAACAGAUAAUAUCACAAUCACUCUAUUAAGG